AUGAUAGGUAAGGAAGAGCUCGGGCCCCCAGGGCCUCGUGGUCUCAGCACUUGGCAGCUGGCUCCUAUCUCGCUCCCAUUUGUAACCAGCUGCUCUGGCCGGAACGGCAGAAAGAGACGGCCGAGAGACUGCCCAGUGCAGCUGCCCCAGCUGCAGAUACAGGGAGUAUCUGGGAUGCAGCUGGCCCCACAGCCUCCUCCUGGCAGACCAAUGCUGGCCAACAGACCAGUCUGGGUGCGGGCCCCACUCCUGCUGCACCCACUGUGCCAACAGGAAGAGGAGGAAGACGUCAAGACCAGGGAUCUGUCCAAGGGCAAGAGUCAGCUGCUCCACCCUGAAACCCUCCGGCACAGACAGAAGCUGCCCAAAUUGGCCGUGCAGGGAGUGGGCCUGGACAAAAGUCCUCAGGGCAGUGUCAAGGUGGAGUCUCCAUGGAAAAGAGCCUUGGCUCAGAGGGACCCAGCACCCUGCACAUCCCAGCAAGGCCUAGGAAGAUCAAGAGACUGGCCACGUCCUGGACUGAAGCCCUUUGAGCCCCAAGAUUUCAUCCUCGAGAGGGCAAGGCCAAGAACAACCCCUAAUAUGUCCAUCAAAGGAAUAAGCCUGUCAUAAAAGCCUGCACAGCCAGCAGAGGACAUGGGCACGUGACCCGGCAG